ACAAUGUGGAGAGUUUCGGAUGCUUGGGUCACUUUGGUGACCGUUUCCUUACUGGCUGAAAGGGUGUUUGGCGGUUACGGGAUGAGCAUGUUCGCAGCCCAGACAUCUCCGCCAGACCCGUGCUAUGACGAGAACGGUAACCCGAGGAGGUGCAUCCCCGAUUUCGUGAACUCCGCUUUCGGAAAGGAAGUGCGCGUGACAAGCACCUGUGGAAGCCCCGCCGGGAGGUAUUGCGUGGUAACCGAAAAGGGCGACGAGAGGAACAGGAACUGCCACACGUGCGACGCCGGAGACCCAAAGAAGUCUCACCCACCGGCGUAUCUGACAGAUCUCAACAACCCGCAUAACCUCACUUGCUGGCAGUCAGAGAAUUACAUCCAGUACCCGCAAAACGUCACCUUGACGUUGUCUUUGGGAAAAAAAUUUGAAGUUACCUAUGUGAGCCUUCAGUUCUGUUCGCCACGGCCAGAAUCCAUGGCCAUUUAUAAGUCAAUGGACUACGGCAAGUCAUGGGUCCCUUUCCAGUUUUAUUCUACCCAUUGCAAGAAGAUGUACAACAGACCAAACAAAGCUGCGAUCACCAAGCAGAACGAACAAGAAGCUAUUUGCACCGAUUCUCACACUGACAUGCACCCGCUCACCGGCGGUCUCAUCGCUUUUAGCACGCUGGACGGCAGACCCUCCGCGCACGACUUUGACAACUCACCAGUCCUUCAGGACUGGGUGACAGCCACCGACAUCAAGGUGACCUUUAGCCGACUGCACACCUUCGGGGAUGAAAACGAGGAUGACUCGGAGCUGGCCCGAGACUCCUAUUUCUAUUCCGUCUCAGACCUGCAGGUCGGCGGGAGAUGCAAGUGCAAUGGUCACGCUUCAAGGUGUGUACAAGACCGGGACGGUAACCUGGUCUGUGAGUGCAAGCAUAACACUGCCGGCCCGGAGUGCGACAGAUGUAAACCAUUUCAUUACGACCGACCUUGGCAACGCGCAACUGCCAGAGAGGCGAACGAAUGUGUCGCCUGCCACUGCAACCUGCACGCCCGGCGCUGCCGCUUCAACAUGGAGCUGUACAAGCUGUCCGGGAGGAAGAGCGGCGGCGUCUGCCUCAACUGCCGCCACAACACGGCCGGCCGCCACUGCCACUACUGCAAGGAGGGCUACUACCGGGACAUGUCCAAACCCAUCUCCCACAGGAAGGCCUGCAAAGCCUGUGACUGCCAUCCCGUGGGCGCCGCGGGCAAAACCUGUAACCAAACCACGGGCCAAUGUCCCUGUAAAGAUGGCGUGACUGGUAUCACAUGCAACCGCUGCGCUAAAGGCUACCAGCAGAGCCGAUCUCCCAUUGCCCCCUGCAUAAAGAUUCCUGUUGCCUCCCCGACAACUGCUGUGAGCAGCACAGAGGAACCAGCAGACUGUGACUCCCACUGCAAGGCGUCCAAAGGCAAACUGAAGAUCAACAUGAAAAAGUACUGCAAGAAAGACUACGCGGUCCAAGUGCACGUCCUGAAGGGGGACAAGGCUGGGGAGUGGUGGAAGUUCACGGUGAACGUCGUCUCCGUCUACAAGCAGGGUGCCAGCCGCAUCCGGCGCGGCGACCAGCUGCUGUGGGUGCACGCCCGGGACGUGGCCUGCAGGUGCCCCAAAAUCAAGCCCGGGAAGAAGUACCUGCUGCUGGGCAAUGAGGACGACUCCCCGGAUCAGAGCGGCGUGGUGGCCGACAAGGGCAGCCUGGUGAUCCAGUGGAAGGACGCGUGGGGCCGGCGGCUGAGGAAGUUCCAGCAGAGGGAGAAGAAAGGGAAGUGCAAGAGGGCCUAG